GGAUGAUUUAUAUUUUUCGCAGUGUGCUUUAGAAUAUAGUGUAAUAUACAUGUACUUUCUUUCCAACGCUUUGUUCAUUUCUUUUCGACGCUUUCUUGUGUUACCAAGAAGCUAAUACUACCGAAUUGGGGAAAAAUUCGAAUUGCCGAUUUGCAAUUGUUAAGCAGAAAGAAAAUAAAAUUGCAUACAAUUUAUUAAAAUCAAGUAAAGAAGUGACGAAUACUCGCUAUAAGUAAAAUUACUCGCAGCAAUAAAAAUCAUAUUAAUUGUAGAAAAGUGCCUUUUGUGUGUGCGCGACCAUUAAAUGAAGAAUCGUUGCUGGUGGAAGUGAGCAGCAAAAACAGAAAAACGUAUGAAAAAGAGGUGAAUGGUGCAAAUAUACCUUAAAGGAACGAGUGCAAAAUUAACCAUAAAAUAAUUAUGAUGCGUUUUUUCCUUAACUUGUAUUGGUAAAUGUUAAAAGAGUUUUGAUUUCUUUCCAUACAAAUACGUUCAAGAUUUGUGUACGUAAAUAAAUCGGCGCGAACUCAAAGCGAAUGCUAUAUGCUCGCAAGAUUUUCUCAGAAUUGGACGUUACUGAAGAUUUCCUAAACUACCAAGAUUGUAUUAAUUGCUUCAUAGACCACUUUAUUCAUACAUUCGUGAUUUUUUUCGAUUAAAACUAGAUCGUUUGAUAUCCUCUACACUCCACUAUUGCUUCAUAUUUCUACAAUUUAUAUUAACUACCAUCGUCGUAGCAGCAGCAGCACCGCAGUCACUGUAGUUGGCAUUGUCGUGAACGUUGACGGCGACGUCGUAGCGAUAGUUACCGUGAACGAUUUUGUGCGUUUCUCUUGUGUGGUUGAUUCAUAUGCAGACGCAGACGGUAAAAAGGAAGGAAAAGAAAGAAGCGUGAAAGCAGCAUUGAACUAAAAAACCAACAAAUAUUAAAGAAAAACAGAAAGAAAUUUUCAUUUUGUGCUUUGCAUUGUUUUUCUUUAAUGGGCGCAGCAAGUAAACGCACACAACCACCACCAAUGCAAACAGCUAGCGGCACUGGAGCAACCGAGAUAGCAAACACCAAAAAAAGCUGAACUCGCUUUAGGACGAGUAGUGUAUUGCUUUUGGCCAUCUAUUGGAACAUAGACGUGUGAGUGUGUGCAAUUGGUUUUUGUUAUUGUUGAUUGUUGGCUGUUGGUGUUUCGUACAAUUGCUGUGCCUGAUGGCAGUGCAGAGUGGCGCCGAAGCAUUGACCGCAUACUCGGUAUCUCCACUUAUACCUACAUAUAUACAUGCAUAUGUGCAUAUCGGACUCUCCUUCACGUAUAAAGCAGUAAAAACGACCAAGAAUUGCAAGCAACCAAGUAAGCAGUGAACAAGAAAUUCGCAAACUUAUCCCAUCCAAAAAUUGUAAAACAUUUAAAAAUUCGUAUAUUUUUGCAAAAAUACAAUUCGUAAAUUGUGAGAAAAAUUUGUGUUUUGUGUAUAUAAAAAUUCUUUUGUUGUAUGAAGAAGUGAAGAAAAGUGAGCGCAGAAAAUAUCACCUCAUCGCAUCCGUCAAACGAUUGAAACAACAACAUCAACAACGCAAACGGGAGCAACAAUUAAAAUACAUACAGUGAAAAUUUUGCUCCAAUAAAAAACAAAAGCAAUAGCAAAGUAAACGCGUACUCGCGAACAGUUCACAAUCGCAUUUACCUUCGCUCAUUUGGUUCGUGGUAUUCGUUGUGUUAUCCAUCGUCGUCAUAGUCGUGGUUGUCGUUGCUGCGGGUGUUUGUUGCUAAUGUGCCUUUUUGCCAAUUUUGUUGUUAUUGUGGUCACAUUUUGUACAGAUUUUCCAUUUUUCGUUGAUUUUGAGUGGAAAGUGUUAUUGGCGUGUUUUGGCAACUGCGCUGUCAAACAACGAGUUCAGUUUCGACGCUGCGAGAAACGUAGCCUUCGACAUUGCCAUCGCAAUCGCCGGCUAAGCAACUAACCAUUAUCCGUGCAGCCCUAUUUUUGCAUUCGUACACAUUUUGCCCCAUAUAGCUCCCUGCUCAGGCAAUUGCGCUUUUAUAUACAAUUACUCGUCGCGUUUUCACGCUGUUCUCUAUCAAAAGUUUCGCGCAUUUGACAUUUGCCGAUUUGACGCAUCGCCACAUUCCUGCGGUUAUACAGUGUUUGUUGAGUAGCGCAGUGUGCAGUUCCAGUGCAAAGUGCCAACCAGUUAGACAGCUAGUCAGGUGUAGAAAAGGAUUUUUCAACAGUUGCGCCAGUUGGAAUGCCGGUGGCCUAAUUGGACGUUGCAUUAUAUCUUGCCUUAUAUUCCUUUAUUUUCUAUACAAAAACGCGUGUGUUCAGCUAAACGUAAGAAGUAAUAAAAAAAAAAAAAAUAAAACAAAGGUAGCAGUGAACUUUUGUUGUGGAGCAACAUUUUUGAGGAUUAAUGAAAUAAUUAAAGAAGCGUUAAAGCUUGAAACAUUAAAAAAAAAUUAAUGCGCAAAAUCAUACAAAAUGUGCUACAUAAGUCACUGUAAACGGAAAACAUUACUUUUGGUAAAUUCAAGUGGAAAACUUUAAUAUCCCCCUCGAAAAUUGCUACCUAAAACUUUACCCUCAAAAGAAAACUACUAAAAGCCAAGAGCCAAAAAGCAAAAAUAUGUCUACGAAAUUCUCAGCGCAUCCUGACUUGGCGGUCGAGCAAUUACAGCAAGCCGAGCUCACAGCGCGCCGGAACUCAAACAAAACGCACGCUCAUCACAGACGGCAUCACUCGGCCGGAGCUGGACUUGACAGUGGGCAUAGCACGCCCACUAAGUCUGCCAGCUCAACAUGCAAAUAUACGACCACGAAAAACGCCUCAAUGCUCGAUUGUAAUGCAACAACAGCAAAUGCCUUAAAUAAGAAAAAUUCACGUGCAGUCGACGCCGCCGACACCAGCACUGUGGAACAGGAGGAGCAGCAGCAGCAGCAUUUCACUAAAGCGUUUCCACGUGUAUCGCCAGUGCGAACCUUUGUAUCAACCAGCCACGCACACAAUGUGGAUGUGUUGGACAACAAAUUCGCCUACAAUGCUGAUGGUGUCGAUGUGGAUCGGAUGGUUUUGGCAUAUAUCGAUGAUAUCGAUCUCAAUUGUGACGAUGAUGUUUUCAUACGAAGUGCAAGCAGUAGAUCAAAAAACACCAAAGACUGUGUAGACUGUACGCCGUCGUCGUUGCGGUGGUCAGCUGCAGGUGGCGCUGUCUCAUCACAACAGCAACAACAACCACAAUCAUACACUUCGAAAUCCAUGGAUGAGCCGGAUCACUUGCAGCAUCGCCUUAGUCGAACAGCAGCAGCACACGCCAGCUGUAAUAGCCGGCAGCCUCAUCACAAUAGUGGCGAUUAUUAUACAGCCGACCCGCAUGCCUCACCCAUACACGCCAUCAGUGAUGGUUGUGUCAGUGGUUUAAGCAGCGUUUUGAGCUCACCAUCGGCCAGCACAGUAUCUUCGCCACUUUCAACGCCGACAAGACUUGCACCACACUUUCAAAAACACCAAAAUCAAUACAAUAGCAGCAAUUGCUGCCAAAAAUCGCUAGCGGGUGGUUGCUGUGGCGGCAGCAGCGAUAGCGAUAAGAGUUGCAACCAUCUUCAUCACCAUCAUCAUACACAUCUCCAACAUCAACAUCACCAACACUCGCAUCAUACAACGUCUAAGGCGGCGGCGGCUGCAGCAGCAGCAGCGGCGGCGUCCUCGUCAGGCGGAUGUAAAAAGUCACAGAAAUUUGAUCCAAUACUACUCGGUCCGUCACGAUAUCGUCAACUUCUGCCAAUUCUGCUGUGUAUUCUAUCGUUCGCGAUUGUUUUUAGCAUAUUAAUUGUUUACAUGGAUACGACAGAGAUUCGUCAUAAACAAUUUCGACUGAAUAUGUCGCGCGAUUACGAAUUCUUCGGCGUGGUCCAAGAUGAUCCCACACUCAUAGCAUUCCUGCGCCAAAUCCAGAUGCGCAAAUACCCAAUGCACUUCCAUAAGGAGGGGCAAGGAGCGGUAGGGGCAAUGGCGGUGCCGCCCUCCUCCUCCGCAGCGACGCAUUUCAAUUUCAGCACUCAUUAUGAAGGACUUGCGCCCGAAAUGGCGCAUUACGUAGCCGAUCUGUUGGGUGGGAAAGAGAAUGGCGCCUUCAUACAAUCGCUACCCGGUAGUAUGGGCCAUCUAAUGACUGCGCCGUGGCUAGCGGCAACUUUGAAUUGGGCGGGCAUUGUAGUGGAGCCGGAACCACGUCGUUUCUUCACGUUGCGCAAACAGAAUGCGCAAAGACCGGAUCUGCAGGUGGUGCACGCAUGCAUCUCGCCCAGUCCGUUUCCCAAAGAGGUUACCAUACACAACGAAGAGUCUGAGGUGCGCAUCAAUAGCUUGCUAGACGAAGAAACUUCGUGGUUUAAUUCACGCAUCAAAUGCUUUCCAUUGUUUUCGCUGAUGUUGGCGUGCAAUCGUGUGGAAUAUGAUUUGCUGAGUUUGGGAGUCCAUGGACACGAAUUGGAGAUCCUCGAAACGUUACCCUUCGAUCGGGUACAAAUCGAAGUGAUAUCCAUACACUUGUCGGAGGACAUCGCACGAGGCUAUGUAGAUGCGCUAACAGAGUUCCUAGCGAGUAAAUCAUACAAAUUACAAAAGACUUUCGGUCGCAACUACUUCUAUCAACGAAACAAAUCGACGAGUCGAACACGAAAGAAAGAUAUCCUGCUACUGAAAACACCUUAAUUAGCAGUAGCAGCAGCAGCAGCAGCUGUGGUUGUUGGUGAUGGAGAUGCUGCUGUGAACGAACCAAUGAAAGGGGGGAAUGCUGCCAAGAAUGCUGUUGCCGCCGCUGCUAAUGCUAAAACAAAGCUAUUACUUUAACUCUUCUAAGUGUAAGAAUUUAUUUAAUAUCCACGCGAGAUUUGCUGCGAAUUUAUGAAACGAAGAAACUACAAAGCAGCAAAAAGACUAUACUCGAAAUCUUUUAGUAUCCCUUAAGUAAGCAAAUAAUUAUAGCAAAAGUCAGAUGCGUGCGCGCGGAGUAAAAAUAUUGUAAACGAUUGAAACGUGUUUUGGCAGCUGCUAACACACAAAAUUUGCAUAGCACAUAAUUUAGAGGGAGGGUACGCAGAUGAAAGGCAUAAAUCUAAAUCUUAGAUAUAGAAUUAAAAUAUUAAACGAAUAAUUACAAUUACAUGCGCACGCAGGCGCGCUAAGAACGGAGUGAAGAGCAAACAAAAUUUCCUUAAACAAAAUAGCUAUAAAAAAAGAAGAAUACUUCCCACUCUAGCUUCACUAUAUACGUCACACUUUAGGGUCUGUCGUGAAGAACGAAUUCUUUGAAAAAUAAAUGUUUUUGUGCACGCUUUUUCGCCUGCCUUCACUUUGCUGCGUACUUUGUCGUGAAUUCAUAAUUAUCAUUGUUUCGGAAAAAUCAUCAAAGUUACAAGCAUUUUUUGUUGUGUUUUUCAAUCAUUAUUACCAUUAUUUUUUAAUACUUACUUUAUAAGCUACAAAAUAUAGCAAACAAACAAAGAAUGCAAACGCAAAAACCCAGCAACGAAAAUUACAAAAAAAAAAAAUAAAUAAAUAAAUAAAAAACGAAGUAAAGAGAUUUGUAAGAAUUUCAAAUUGUCGCUGUUGUAUAAAUAUUAAAAUUAAUUUAUAUUACUACAUACAAACUUAGUUUAUUUUGCACACUUAGUUUAGUUUAUUAUUAAUUUAAAUGAAAGAAAAUGCUUUAUUGUACUUUAAAUUAUUGCCUAAACGAGUUAAAUUGUCGAGAAGUGAACAAAAGUGAAUAUGUGAAUGAGUCUAAAUAUUUUUUUUAUUAUAGAAAGAAGUUAGCGCCGCAUCUCAGCUGUUGCUAGUUGGUAUACAAAGAAAUAUUGAAUAUACAUAAAUGUAGUCAUAGUAAUGCAAAAUUGAUAAUUAAAUGUUAAAAUAGAAAUUAUAUAACUGAAAUAAUAUAUACAUAUAUACAUACAUACAUAAAUAUCGUAAUGCUAAACACAACCACAUAACUGACUGUUUAAUAUUAGUACAUGAAAUUAAUUAUUGUUUAUGGAGCAGCUAAGAAACAUUUCUUCUACAUACUACAAAAAAAAACAAAAAAAAAAAACGCUGAGCCGCAAAACUAUGGGGAAAUGUAUGUUUUUUUUAUUAUUUCAAUAUAGCAACUACAACUCACAUUGAAAAUUGUUUAUGGCGUAAAAAUAUGUCGGCCGAGCGCCUAUCUCUGGGCUCUGCUCGCUUGACGAAAAAUUUGCAUGUAGAUAAAAGCAACAACAAAAUUAGCGAACAAGAUUCAUAUCUAGCAAAAAAAAUUAAAUUCCUAACGUUUGGCGAAACGAAGAAGCCGAAGCCAAUUGUAAUUUCUUCUAUACACAAUUUUCUGUUCUUUUUUUUUGUUUUUGUUUUUUUGGUGACAAAAUAUUUGAGUUUUGCCUUUCAUGGGGGGAGGAUGUUUACGUGGUGUUCCCAAACGCAGCACACAACCAGAUAUCCUGGGUUGCUUCACUUUCUCACAUUAGCUCGCUCUCAAACGGAUGUUCGGGAGCUACCCAGAGGAUACUUUGAAGUUGUGAGCUGCUUGAACCUGGCUACUCUCAAGUGAAUGGCAAAUCAGGGACUGUUCCCACUUGCGUGGACUUCCUCCAUGCAGUCGAAAAAUGUACAAUUGCUCUAUGUAGGCAGCCAUUCACCACAUUCAGUCUUAUGAUAGUUAAAUUGGUCACUGUUAAACAUGGUUCAAAAAUAUUUAAUUUUUGUAGUUUUUUUGGUCCUUUUUUGUUUUUUUAUGUUAAAUUUUUUUAUUUUUUUUUUGUAUUUUUUAAAUUUUUGUUAAAUUUAUUUAGUUCUUUUUUGUUUUUGUUUUUUUUUGUAAACUUUUUUUGUGUUUUUUCAUUUUUUUUGUUAAUUUUCUUUUUGUAUUUUUUUUGUUUUGUUUUUGGUUGUUUUUCUUUAUAUUGGCUUUCUUUUCCUAUAUUUAAUUAUAUUUUCAGUUAACUUUAAAAUACAACCAACUUACAGCUAUGGCUACUGUGGCUUUCAGCUAGACCUGAUUUAUAAGCUCCUUAUUUAGCGAUUUAAUAUUUAUAGCAAAACACAUGUUGUAUAACCAAAAGCGCAUUUCCAAUACAUGUUGUAGGAAUUAUGUUAAAAAAACAAAUCCAUUUCCUCCAUAGAAUUGCAGCUCAGCCUGAAAAUAUAUACAAACGCCGCACACGAUCCGUAAUAUAGUCUAUAGUUGAAAACUUGGCAGCUACAAACCAGGACCGCUUGAUAAACUCGAAGAGACUUUCCAGCCAACAGCGAAUAUGCGAAAUGAAAAGAAAAAACAAAAAACAAUAAACUUUUGAGAUAAUGCAUCAUCGGAUACAAAGUAAAGUAAAAAAAAUGAACACAAAAACUUUGUUUAGAAAUCGAAGAAAAAUAGCCGUAAAAGGACGCUGGCAAAAAGCACUGAAAAGAAGUUAAAAAAAAAGUAAAGGCACCAUCAACAGCAACAGUAUUAAAGUAAAAUGUAAUUUUCACUAUGGAAAUUGCAAAAAUUUAGUGAAUUUACACCAAAAAAAAAAGUUUACUUAAACUAAAAAAUAAAUACAUCAUGGAAAUCUAUUAUAUGUACUGCAAACGUAGUAGCAGGAAAAUUGUGGUGAACUCAUUUUGCUAAACAUCUCUCCUAUGCUGAUAACUGAUGCAUGCAACAAAAAUUGUCAGGUUUCUUGAAAGCAUCAUUGAAAUUAAAAAACCACAAAUUUUUUUUUUUUGGAAUUUUCUUUUGAAAUUGAAGAAUGCACGGACCUUCAACGGUUUAUAUGCAAAUAUAAUUAAACUAAAUAGAAUUCCAAAAUAAUUAAAUUUAAAGAAAAUUCAAAUAUAAUUAAAUAAAAAAAAAUCAAACAUAAUUAAAUUAAAAAACUUUACUUUUCCUUUUGAAACCGUAGAUUCACCUUCAACAUUUCAUUAAAAUUCGAAAAAAUUAAUUUUUCUUUGAAAUUUCUAUUAAAAACGCAGAGUGCACGGGCCGUCAAUGUUUCAUUUAAAUUCAAAUAUAAUUAAAUUUAAAAAAACUCAAAUUUAAUUAAAUUAAAUUCAAACAUAAUUAAAUAAAAAAAUUUAAAUUGAACUAAUUUAAAUAAAAUUCAAACAUAAUUUGAUUAAAUAAAAUUCAAAAAUUAUAUUUUUCCUUUUGAAAUCGCAAAGGCAAAUUCAAAAUAAUUAAAUAAAAUUCUAAAAUUUUGCUUUUUCUUUUCGAGAAUGGCUGAGUUCCUCAGGCUUUCAACAUUUCAUUCAAAUUCGAAAAAAUUAAUUUUUCUUUGAAAUUUCUAUUAAAAACGCAGAGUGCACGGACCGUCAAUGUUUCAUUUAAAUUCAAAUAUAAUUAAAUUAAAUAAAAUUCACAUAAAAUUAAAUAAAAUAAAAUUCUAAAAUUCUAAAAUUUUAUUUUUCCUUUUGAAAUUGCGGGUGUAAAGGCCUCAACGUUUCAUUAAAAUUCAAAAUAAUUAAAUAAAAUUCAAAAAUUAAGCCUUUUCUUUUCGAGAAUGGCUGAGUUGCUCAGGCCUUCAGAGUUUCUUAAAUUUAUAUUACUUGUUGGCGUGGCAACGCGCGCCGGGUACAGCUAGUAUUUUAUGAAUUAGAGUACUUUUAAUAAGAUUAAUGGAAUGAGUAAUUCAAAGUUGUAUACUUCAACGGCAAACAAUCUGAUCUCCUUUGUUGCUGGAAUAAAUUAGUAAAUUUCUUCAUAAACAAAAUUCCCCAAGGCUCUUUUUUAGUUGCAUUUUUGCCUCUGUCUUGUUGCUUUUUUUUGCAGUCAUCGCUUUACCUAUGCCAAUGGUUUUCUUGUGCGCUUUUUAAAUUCCCCAAUUUACAAAUGCUUUUGCACACGUUUCAUGAACUCGCUUCGUGGUGAGUGGUUCAAGUGCUACACUUAUGUUUCUUACUACUAUUAUUUUCCGCUUUUAUCUUAGUUUUUGGAUAUUCGUAUAUAAAACAAUUCAUGCGAAACACCGUUGUAAACUUGUAUUUUUCUACUUCGCAGUCGGUAGUAACUUUUUCUUCCCCUGCAUAUUAAUAUCAUUACUUUAUUUCUUGUUGCUAUUGUAUUGAUUGCGAAAUGCUCACUGCGCGAUUGUAAUCAUACCGUAUGUAAAAAAUGAUGCUGGGAUUGGGAAAAAGUGUUAGAAAGUAAUCAAAGUGUAGCCUGUCAAAAAUUCUGCCUUUUUCGGUGGAGAUCAGCAGCGCACGUUCAUGUGAGGCGGGAAUAUUGAAGCUUUGAAUAAUCAAUUUAAUGAUGUGGUCGUAACAAUUGGUCUGCUCAUAGUGGACGAUAGAAAAACGUUUACGAUAGCAAACUUUUUAAAACACCUCCUUCAACCAUUUUUCUUGAAAUAUAAAAAAAAAACAGUUAAUUUACAAUAAUUUUUUUUCACUUGCAAUUUCUCUUGGCUGUUCCAUAAAUACAGCUGCACUCCGCGUCCUUUCACUUUAACGGCUCGAUUUGUUUUGAAUGAAACUGCAAAUACCGGCACACACUUUUCACAGUUCAAAUUAGUUUUUCUAUAUCGUUAUAAUGCGCCGAAAAGAGACAACCGUCAUAAGAAGUGUGGCACCAACUUUACUUUCUCUAAUGGUGCGCCAAUGCCUCAUAACUAAACACAAAUUCCAAGUUUUCUUUUCACUGCAUACAAAAAUCUCCAUUGCAGCAAUACUUUAAUUUGCAUGUCUAAAUUCAGUUGAAAGGCAUUUGAAAAAGUAAUAACUAAAAUAUCAGCUGUAGCGGCGAAAAGUUUGACUUUCCUGCAGAAAUGAAAUCUCGAAAAAUUAGAGUUAAAUUGAAAAAAAGUGCAAGCGCGUCUCAACUACUGAAUAGCACACACUAACACACAUAUAAAUCUACAAAAAGCAACCACAACCAAAUCAAGGAAAUAUUUUUUUUUUUAUUUACAAAAAAAAAACGAAUAGAAUAUAACAUCACAUAACUCAAAAGCCUCACACACACUCAUGCAACUCGUUAUUUCUAUAUAUAUUGAGAUAUAUAUAAAAUAGAUAUAAAUAUACAUAAAAAAUACGUUAAUGCUAGUUUUAAAAUGAACAGCUGCUAAUUAAAGAUUAAUUAAUAAUAAAAAAAAUUAAAUGUAGUAAAUUGUUUAUGUUUUUUUUUGUUUGUUUGUUUCAACUUUUGCUGCUGCAACCAAGCGUACGAUAGUAUUUAUUAUUAAUGCGUUAGUUUAUUAUCAUCGACAUUAAAUUGACAUUCAAAUUAACAUUACCAUUAUCAGUAUCUCAUUAACAAGUAGAGUAAAUAAAAAUAAAUACGUAAAAGGUAAAAAAAUUAAAAAAUAAAUAAAUAAAAAGUUAAAAUAAUAAAAUAAAUAAAAAAUAAGUAAAUAAAGUAAAUCAAUAAAAAAAUUUAAAUAAAUAAAUAAAAAAUUAAAACAAAUAAAAAAAAAUAAAGUAUAUUAAAUCAAUCAAAAAAUAAAUAAAAGAGUAAAAAUAAAUAAAUAAAAAACUAAAAUAAAUGAAUAAAUAAAAAUAAAAACGAAUCAAAAAUGUAAUCCAGGAGAAGAAAACAAACACAAAAAAACAAAAAAAAAAAAAAAACACAACCAAGCAUUAUUACAUACCUAUAAAC